AUGCCUAGUCCAAUUUGUUCUUUUAGUUCUAACUAAACGCUACUCAGAAUAUAUAUAAUUUUCCUCAUUAAAGAAUUGAUUUGUUUUAUUCAGUAUAGUAUCCGAAUAUCUGAUGGCUAAAGCUGACGGUUUCGCCGCCAAUAUCAAAUUUUUAAACUCCGUUUUAUUUAAUUGAAGAAAACCUACAAUAUGGAGCAGAUAGUGGUCAAAACAGAAAUGGAGGAGAGUGGGGAGAUUCUGCUCUUCUAUGUAAAUGAGUCCGAUGGAGCUGUGGAAGGUGUGGAAGGCUCGGUAACCACUAUCGAUAACUUAGAAAGCAUGGGUGUUCAGAUCCAGGACCUGCCCACUGAUGCAACAUACAUCAUGCAGGAUGUUGAUGAUGAAGAAGCUACUGAAGAUACCAUGAAUAUUGAUACAAAUCUUACUUCAGAACAAAUAAAAGAAAGAUGGGCUCCAGAAGAAAUAAACCGUCUAUUAAUAUUCUAUGUUGAUAACAAAGAAAAUUUCAUGACUGGCAACACUAAGAAGAAACAUCUCUGGAGUAUUUGUUGCAAAACAAUGUUAUCGGGCAAAAAUGCCACAUCAUGUGAAAUUAAACUACGUAACAUGAAAAGGAAAUACGCUCAGUAUUUAAUCAAUCAACAUAAAGGUGUUGUAGUGAAUUUUCCGUAUCUUGAUCUCUGUCAUAAGGCGUUUUAUGAUGACAGUUUGGUAAACGCUAUCAUCAAAGAAAGUAUAGAUCAAGAUGAACCGAGGCUAGUGAAAUUGCCUGAAGAAUGUCAGAAAACUGAAGAACCUCCUAUGAUUGUGAAAAGCAUAAAGAUAAAUAAAAAUACUGAUGACAAAGUUGAAUUGAUGUUUAACUUAUAUUUGAAGUAUAAAAAAGAUAUGCAAAAAGACAUAAAGCCCAAAGAUUUGUGGGAGCAAAUAGCCAUUGAUAUUGGUGAAGAGGACGGUGAAUAUUGGCAUAAAAGGUUUUUCAAUUAUAAGCACCAUUAUUUGAAAAUGUUAAACAAGCGAGCUACAUCUGGCUCAGAGAGCAUUCAGUGGCCGUAUAUGUCUUUAUGUGAUCAAAUAUUUCGAGAUGAUGAGGAAUUUCAACGUAAAUAUGUUUCAACCAAUGCAGAAUCAGCUGCUAAACCUAUCAUUUCAAAUUUGGGUCCUUAUCAUAAUGAUGAUUGGAAUAUCACUGAAAUUACUGUAUUAGUUAAAUAUUAUUUUGAUUGUUAUGAUGAGUUUCAAGAUCUGUCAAUACCAGAUAGUUUUCUCUGGAACGAAGUGGGCAGACUGUUGGAUAAAAAACCUGAUGUGUGUAAAAAUAAAUUUAAUGAAAUGAAGGUAGAACAUUUAGAUAAAUAUACACAGGGUGAUUAUGAUAUAUUUUCACGUGUUCCAGUUUGCAUAUUAUUUGAUAACAUUAUAGCGAAGGAUGUACAGUUAGAAAUGGACAAAGAUACAUGUGGAGAAAGUAACGUCUGGUCUAAUGAUGAUUUGGACGAAUUGGUGAAGUAUUUCUAUGAUAACAUAGAGCUAUUUAAGGAUUCCGUAUGCCAUUACGUUUGUUGGGCAAGCAUAGCUAGGAAACUGAAUAAAAGUGUUAAGAACUGCAGGCUACAGUGGAAAGACCUAACAGUUUUGUAUAAGUCGAUAUUAGAAGAUAAGAAGGAGUAUCCUGAUAUGCAAAUUGACUGGAAAUAUAUAGAUUUGUUUGACAGGAUCUUCGAUUACGGAAUGGAUACAAGUUCAAUGUGUUAUUUGACCGAAUUAAAUGAAAAAGAAAUAGAGAAGCAGAAUGAUUCUGGUAAAGUUGCUGUGAAAAAGCUCACAGUGGAUUUAGACGAGAAUAUACAAGAAAGGCACGAGCUGUGGUCUGACGAAGACGAAUAUGACGAAAGAGGCUUCACAAAACACAUGAAACGAACUUUCACACAGUCGAAAAUGUUCAAAAUACUCGAGUACUACUUAAAAAACAAAGAUAAAUUUGCAACAACACAAAAGAAAAGAGAUUUCCUAUGGGGACAACUCGGGAAGCAGCUAGGAUUGGCAGGGAGUGAUUGCGCUCAGAAAUUCAGACAUUUGAAAAAUAUGUACACAUCAUACAUACGAAAGGAAAUUGAAAAACCUGACAUUCCUAUUGUAUGGCCAUUUUACACAUUAUGCAAAAAGGUUUUUGGUUAUAGAGCGUUGAAAUCGAAAUUGAAAAAUAAUAAAACUGCAGAAGACGAUUGGGCUGCGAAGGAAAUUAAAAUAAUAAUAAGACAUUUUGGAGAGAAUUUCCAGAUUAUUUUAGAUAAUUUGAAUGAUAGUAGCGUAUGGAGAAAUGUAGCCAAUGAAAUAGGGAAGUCUGAUAUAUCUUGUAUGAUAAAGUUUAAUGAAUUGAAGAAGGCUUAUCAAAAAAUGAAGAAGAUGAAAGUGAUGGACCCUAAAGUGAUCAUUCAUUGGAAAUAUUACUCGUUGAUAGAUGAAAUUUUCGCGGCAAAAGGGCAUGAGGUGGAUAGCCUUGAUGUCUCCAUGGAUGAUGGAGACCGCGAGCAAAUGGAGGUGCUGUAUGAGGAAGACAUCAAGAAUUAUGGGCAAGAAGAGGACGAUUACCAAUGCAUCAUCGUUAUACCGGAAGGUCAAGAUAUAACUAAUAUGGAAGACGCACAAAUAAUCAUACAAAAUUCCCAAGACAUGAACAAAAGUGAAGAAACGGUCAAAAAUGAAGCUCCAACUGUCAAUCCGAACAACAAGUGGAUUAAACGCACUAAAAAAAGACUUUUAAUACAUUAUUUGAACUAUGUAAGAUCUAGAAAAAGCGAAGUAAUAAAUCCUACAGAAAUGUGGAAUGAAAUUUCAACAAAAUUGAACAAAACUCCUCUAUCAUGUAGAAAGAUGUUCGCGAAAUUGAGAAGUAACCAUAGAGAAGCUAAGAAUGAUGUUAAUAAGAAAAAGACGCCAUACUUCACAUUGCUCGAAAAGAUUUUGGCAUUGAAACCUAAGUUUUCUAAAACACAGAAAAGUUUGAAGGCAGGGAAGACCUUUAAAGAUGUACCACUAGCUGUAGAAAAAGUUGAACAAGCGCUAAGAUUUUAUUUAUUACAUAUCAAAGAAUUCAAUAGUCCUAGAUUUGAAAAGCGACAUCUGUGGACUGAACUUGCUAAUUUCGUUGGCGAACCUGUUACAAACGUAUUCAAUAAGGUUAAUUAUUUGAAAAAUUCCUACAAUAUUGAGACUGGUGAAGGUGUAGGUCAAAAUACUUUACUCAGUGAAUUGAUAAAGGAAAUAAUUACUGAGGAAAUAACACUUAAAGCCUUGGCUGAAAACGAUAAAGUUGAUGUUGAAGAUAAGACAGAAUACAAUUGGUGUGAUGAAGAAAUUGAACAAUUGUUGAUUUUGUAUUUAGAAAAUUUGGAUCAGUUCAAAAAUCCGAAAUAUGUAAGAAAAUAUUUGUGGUUAGACGUGUCUAAUGUUUUGAAAAAAAGUCCGUUGGCGUGUUCUAAGAAAAUGUCAGAAAUACGAACUUUGUAUAGGAAUUUGGUGAAAGAAAAUUCCGAGGCGUUGAACGACUGGAGGUUUUCUAGUCUAUGUCAGAAAAUCUAUGGUACAGGGAAAAAGGAGAUUGGAAAUUGAGUCUUAGAACACUAGACAGAAUGUUUGAAAUUGCAUAGAACGCAUAAAUAAAUAUAUUACGGAACAAAUUACAUUUAAGUUAUCCCACAAGAUAGAUUAAGUUAGCCCCAAAGUCAGUUAGAUAGUUAUAGGACAUACUGUGGUCCUCAAUGUAAAAAAAAACCUUUUAAUUAAGAAUUAGCUGAAAUUUUGGUAGGCAACUUCUUAAAAUUGUAAAACUGAAUGUACUUUUAAUAUGAAAUUCAGCUGAGCGUAGCAUUUUAGUGUUUUGAUAAUUGUUGACUCUGUCUACCCCGCAGAGGAUGUAGACGUGAUUAUUGACAUUACAUCCUCAUUUACCCAGAUUUAGAAUCUUGGAUGAAGAGCAUCCUAAACCGACAAGUGUCUAUGAAAAAAUGAAGCAGAAUAAGCUGCAUACUUAUUCUGCUUCAUUUUUUCAUAGACACUUUCAUUGACAUAGAUCGUGGCAAGUGGAAAGUUUUAGUCUGUGUCAAAUUUUGAUUCCUUUGCAUUCUCCAGCAAAUAAGCGUGUAAAAUUGUUUAAAUAAAAUGCAACUCGCCUUGGAGAUAAUUCACGGAAUUUGAAAAUCAAUUAGUAAGUAAAAAAAGGAGACAAGUGCGAGUUGAACUCGCGUGAAGGAAUUCCGUACGAUGUUACCUAUCAUGUUUUUUUAAAUCUGACCCAAAUUUGUUUGUGGUAACUAAAAAUAUGUUCUCCCACACAUUCCACCUGCAAAUGUAAGUUGGUACGCACAAUAUUGAGUGAUUUACCAUGUUAUUUUAAUAUCAUGGACUACUUAUAGGUUUUCCUAUAAUCUAUAAGGAGAAAACUAAUUUCUGUAUUUUUAUAAAAAUUUUAGGUUAGGUUAGUUAGGGGGGGAAUGGUCAAUUUUCGUCUAUUUUCUUGAAUAACUUGGAAACUUAUUUAUUUUAAAAUUACACUUACAUUUAAGAUCUUCUCAACAAGACCUUUCAUUUGAUAUGCCACACGAUGCAGUCUUCAGAUUUUUUUUUUUUAAUUUUCCCCUUCGCCCCCAAAAAUGACCCCCCAUAUACAGAUUUAAUCUGCUCACGUCACACCUCUGUGUUUGGGUCACAGGAAUUGAUAUGUGUACCAAAUUUCAAACUAAUAGAUUCGGAGAUAAUUCACUGUUAGCGACGGACGGACAGACACACGAGUGAUCCUAUAAGGGUUCCGUUUUUGUAUUCAGACGAUUGAACAAAAAGCGGCCUUAUCGAAAAUUUCUUCCAGGAUUUUUCCUGUGGUCUAGGAAAAAUAAAAACAAAAUAAUUGCUGGUGGCGCUAAGAUGGUCUAUCUCUUUCUAGCUUUGAGGUUAACUGCGGUGGUAGAAAGAGAGAAGUAUGGUCUUUCAACAUUCGUGAAUAAGGGGGUUGGCUUAACAAAAGCGUGAUGCAUCGAAUUCGUGUAUGCAAAUGUUAUAUUAUGAAUGUAUACUUAUUUGUAUAUCCCUUAUGGCUUUUUGAUGGAAUUGAAGAGGGAAAUAAUUGUAAGGGGCUAAAAAUGACUACAAAAGAGUGUUUUGAGGAUUUUUGACCGAAUGUAAUUCUAUGAACUGAAUGUAUAAAUUGAAUUAUGUAUUUUACAUAUUAAAUGCUUGUAAAUAA